AUGGCCUCGAGCUCGGCCCCAAUCGUUCUUGCAUCGGCUACCUCGGUGACGCCGGGCGGCACGGUGAUCCCGCCCGGCGUGCGCGUCACCUGGUCCGAGCGAGCGGACCGGCUCUCGCUGCACGUCGAGAUUGCCGAGCCUGAGGAGGUGGCGGUCAGCAGCACGGACGCCGGCGCAGUGGCAAUCGACGCGGACUCGGACGAGCGGAGGCUGGAGGUCCGAUUGCAACUCUUCAGCCAGAUUGAUGCGAGCAAGACGCGCUGGACAGCCUCUGGCCGCGGAGUCGCGCUCGAGCUCUCCAAGCUGCGGAUAGGACGGUGGAACGUGCUGGUGGCGGGCGUGACGCCAGCGACAAUCAAGGUGGACUGGUCACAGUAUGUGGACGAGGAGGAGGAGCGCGAGGCCAAGCUCUACCCGCACGGCUAUGACACGUACAAGAUGCGCGGCGCGAUGGGAAAGGACUGGGGCUCCAAUGUCGCGCACGAGCUCGCUGCGCAAAAGCAGCUCGCCGCCAUCAACACAUCCAGGCCGGACGAGGAGGACGAGGAGAUCUCGUGCUACUGA